UGUUUUUGUUGUUGUAAUUAAAAAUAAAACAUUUUAAUGUCAAAAAAAUUAAUUAAUAUCUUAAUCGACAAACCAUUAACUGUAAAACAUCGGCAAUUGACGGCACUGUUAGCCGUACCGGUAGUGUUGAUGAUAACUACCGUUGAAAACAAUCGAUGGACAGCAACGACAACGAAGACAAUGACAGAUAGAUAUCCAUAUAAACACUGGUCAUCGAUGAUAACGACAUUAUCGUCGGUUGGUUUCCGAUCAUUACGACAUCAUUGGCGGCUAAGAUCGGCGAUACAAUUGGACGACAACAACAACGAUUACAUCGAUAUUGUUGACCUCAAAAAACGGUGUAUCCAUUCAAUAGCGAUUGUAUUGUGCGGUAAAUACGAAUCCUAUCGCAUGAAAUCAGUAUCGGCGGGUAUAUUCAUUGGCCAACCGACGGAUAGGCUAGUGGUAACCUGUAGUCACGGUAUCCGUGAUUCGCCAGUAGCUACUGUCCAACAUAUACUUAGCUAUGUAUCGCAAACGGGUACUAAACAGAUAUCCGAUCAAAUCGAUGCCGAUGUACUGUACAAUGAGCCGCAUCUAGAUUUGUCAUUAAUACGGGUCAGGGAUUGCAAUGAUGAAGUCGACACAUCAGUUAUAACAACGAUGCCGUUUGCCGAUACCUCCAAUGAAUUUGGCGCACAGGUAGUAUCGUUCGGUCAUGGCGGAUCCAUCAGAUAUAUAGUACUACCGGGUAUUAUCCGAUCACCAGGGAUGCCGUCCAAUCGAUGUCAAUCGGUUAUCGAUAAACUAUGCGUUUACUAUUCGGACGAAUUGCCGUCGAUAACACAUUCGGCGGUAAUGUGGCCGGGAUUUUCUGGCGGUCCGCUUGUCGACACUGAUUACCGUUGUUGCGGUAUUAUGUGGGGCUGUAUUUUCUACAAGGAGGUCAACUUUAUGGCCGUCGACUAUCGGACAGUUAUAAAUUUUAUAGACAGAGGUUUACAAUAUCAUAGCCAACACUCGGAUGUCAAGCGAAACCGUUUGCGACAACAGUACGAAUCGGACAGACCGGCCGAUCGGCGACUAUUGGGUUUUGUUUUGCAAUCAGAAAUCGGCGGACUAUUUACUGUCCAAUCAUUGCUUCCCAAUCCAGCAAAAAAUGCACAUGCAUAUGUCGGCGCCCGUAUUGAACACGUUUCGGGACAGUUGUUCAGAAAUAUCGAUCAAUUGACUGCAGCUCUCAAUCAUAGUCUAACUGUCCAAUUGGUGAUCCGGUUUGAAAGAGAAGAAGACGAAGGAGAGGCCGGACACUCAGGUCAAAGGCCACGUAAAGGUAGUAUGAAUCACAUUGAAUUGACAGCACCCGACCCUCAAACAACAGCAUCACUGGUUGAUAGGUGGACAACAAGCGGACCGAUGGAAAAUCCCGGCCACAUUACGGCCGAAUGUGUUAUCGACGCUGAUUCGUCCGAAUAG